AUGACAGGGGUAAAAGAAGUGUUCCCAGAGGCAGAACAUAGAGAGUGUAUGUUUCACUUGGUGACCAACUUCAAGAAGAAGUUCCAUGGGAAGGUGUUUGAUGACCACCUUUGGGCUGCUGCUUACUCAUGGAAUCCAUAUUUAUUUGGCAAACAUUGGGCUGCUAUGGAGACAGCAAAGCCAGCCGCAACAACAUAUGUAAGGAAGUGGCACAAUAGGUUGUGGUCUAGGAGCCAGUUCUCAACUAUAUGCAAGGUGGACUAUGUAACCAACAACUUGGCUGAGAGCUUUAACAAUUGGAUCAAGCACCACAAGUCCUUGAACUUGGACGACUUCUUUGAUAAGGCGAGGCAAUUGAUUAUGAUAUUGUGGAACCGAAGGAGAAAAGUUGCAAAGAAGUUAGAUGGUUUGAUUCUCCCCCACAUAAUGAAGAGGCUGAAUGUAAUGACUAGGGAAUUAAACUUGGAGGUUGUAGAAAGCUCGAAGAAGUUGCUCGAAGUGACCGCAUUAGGUGGUAGCGGAUUUAGGUUUGUGGUCAACUUGCAAGAGAGGACAUGUUCUUGUAGACAAUGGCAAGUUUCCGGCCUUCCUUGCAAACAUGCUCUUGCAUUCAUCACAUCACUUACCAAUGCACACAUACGACAAUAUGUGGACGUGUAUUACUCCGUUGAAAAAUUCAGAUCAGCUUAUGCCCAACUAAUCCCUGCUAUGCCUGACAAGAACCAAUGGCCUCAAUCUGACCAUGGCUUCUUCAUGCAUCCGCCACUAUUAAAGGCUACUGCUGGUAGGCCUAAAACCGAGAGGUACAAAGGUUGCGGUGAGAAGAAAAGGAAAAAUGGCAAACACUUAUGCCCUAUUUGUAAGGAAUAUGGGCAUCACUGGCAUAAUUGUAAGAAAGGCAACCCCGAUGACAUUGCUGCGAUGAUGGCUGUGAGAGAACCACCAAAGAAGAGAACAAAGACAUCCCAAACAGCCGACUCAUCCAUUGUGCCUUAUGCGGAUGAAGAACCAACAAGAAUGUGUUUUCCCCCAAGCCAAAAUUUGGAAACUACAACUAAGAAGGAAAAGAAGGAAAAACAUGCUAACUCAAGUGCUGGAGCAUCAAAAAGUACCAAAAGCUUGGAGAAUACAAGUAAAAAAAAGAGGAAAGGGAGCAACUCUGAAUCGGUUGGAUCCAAAAGAUCAGGAACCGGCUCAAACCAACUGGUGCCAAUUUCCAUAGAGUUUCCUAUGCCCGGCGAUGCGAAAGAUGUUCCAGUGAAGGCAGGCAAGAGCAAAAAGAGAAAGUGUGCUAAAAAGAUUCCGGCGGUUCCACUUGACAGCCCAGCUAUGUGCACAAGAAGCAAAUUUUUAAGCCCUGCGAACCCCGCAAUGAGCACAAGAAGCAAAAGAAGGCUCAGCUUGUGA